CAAAUUCAAAACUGCAAAGUCAAGCCCAAUGAAAUGACUCGGCCCAUUAGCACACGCCGGUCAUCAAAGUCUUUAAGAGGAUAGUUAAACGGUGCCGUUUGCUCCAUUUAUAUUCAGUAUCGCCUUUCCCUGCCAAUUUUCACCGCCAAAAAAAUCAUUUCCCCAUCUUUCCCUCCAUCGCUUCCAUGGAGAUCGAAGGCGACGACGGCUCCAAAACCGAGCUCCACCGCGGCUCCGCCACCGUCCUCGGCAGAGGCAACGGUUUCGAAACCGACGACAGAACCGUCUCCCGCCGCCACAUUGAGUUCCGACUCGACGGGGCCAACAGAGGAGGAGAAUACCCCGCGCCCGCAGGAGGUAACCACUCCCAGCCGCUGCCUAGGGUUUCGUUUCUUGUCCUCGGGAAGAACCCUGUCUGUGUGCGAACUGACGGAGAGGAAAAGCUCUUCAAGAAGUCCGAUAGGGGCCAGCUCGUAGCCGGCGAUUGCUUCUGUAUUUCGACCCAACCCCCCGUUUGGUUCAGAUUGAGAACCGUCGGCCGUGCAGAGGCGAGGGACAUAGAAAGCGACGCCGGGUACGGAAAUGAAACUGAGAAGGAAUCGGAAGAUGAAGAAAACUUCGACAUUUCUCUGGUAGAUCCUGUUAAAGAGUUUGGGUUUUUGGUGAUUGGGCGGGAAUUCGAGAGGUACCCUAAGGGGAGGGUUAGAAAUGCCAAGGAGUGGGAUUGGUUCUUGGAUGAGACAGAGGGAGUGAGCGAGGAUGAGAAUGAAGGUGGUCGCAGAGGAAGGAGGAAGAAGAAGAAGAAGAAUGGAAUGGAUGAUGAAUGGAGAGGAGAGAGCGAGGAUGAAGAGAAGGAGAUUGGCGCGGAGACAACAACGAACAGAAGAAAGAAGGAUGGAGGAGGUGGGAAAUACACUACAAGGUCACAGGACAAGAAGAGGAAGAAGGAGAGUGACGGGGAAGAGAAGCAGGUAGGAGGAGGGAAGAAGAAGAAGAUUAGUGAGGUGGAUGAAGAGAAAGAAGAAGAUGAAGAUGAUGAGACAUUGGGAGGAUUCAUUGUCGACGAGGAAGAAUUGGAUGAUGAAGAAGAAGAAGAAGAAGAGGAGUUUAUGGAUGAUGAUGAGGAGGAGGAUGAGGAGGAGUAACAUAGCACAAAGGUCUUGAUGAUAGAGGAAAAUGGGAAGAACUUUUCACGAAAGGGGCUUCUAGUUUAUACAUAUCAAUGUAGCAUUGUAAUCAUAUGAACAGUAGCGUCUUUCAUCUUUUGAAUGAUGUUUGAUAGUGUUGUUGAUAGAAAAAUGUAUGAGUUUGAUAGAGUAGUCACUGGUGAGAAGCAAAAUUUCUAUCUCAGGCAUCGACUCCAGAAAUCAGAAGGACAAACCAACUUCUGCAGGCCAGCCUAUCGAGCUACUAACCCCCAUACUUGGUCUCUUCUUGAUGUCAGAAGAUCUUUCACCGUUUACUCUGCCAGAACCCAGUCUAAACAAUCCGAGUACCGAUCUCUGGUCCGAUCUGUCUUCCGCAUUCAACCACCUUACAGCUAGCUCAUUCAGGCCAUGAAAAGGGGAACCCACAUUCUUUAAUUAGGGUUGCUACCAUCAAAUAACAUCAAGAGAGCUAG